AUGGCCAGCCUUUGGCAGCAGUGGCCCGUCACCGACGGCCCCGACGCCGACGCGUCCGAGACCGCUGCCGCGGACGGUGCCGAUGACAGCCCCGGCGGCGGCUGCGCCUCCACGGCCGAGACGGGGGCCUCCGACGCCGCCACGCAGCAGCCGACGGAGGCGGAGGAGAGCCGGGACCAAUCCGAGCCGCAGAACAGCGAUGCACACUCUGAGAAGAACUUUCCAGAGGAUGCUCUGGAGAACCCUGACCAUGGUGACCAUGACACAGCACAAGACCAGGUUGUCAUUGAUCACCAGGAGCCCCCAUCAGAGGAAGCCAUUCCACAGGAGGAGCCCAAAAAGGUGGAAGUCCAAGAAGCGGAGGAAGUGGAGACAGUUGAGGCCGAAGAAGCCGUGCAAGAGGAUGAAGACGAUGAAGAUGUGGAAGGCAUGCCAGAAGAUGAGAUGCCAGAAGAUGAGGAAGAUGUUCCUUUUGAGGAGGAGGCGCUUUCGGAAGGCCAAGAGGGCGGUCAGGACGAUUUCGCCAAUGACGAGCCUUCGGAUGAGCCUGAGGGCUUUCCCGAUGAGCUCGAGCCGUUGAACGUCACGCGGGACGAAGGGCCACGCGGAGAUGCCAAGAAAAAGAAGAAGAAGGCUCCCAAGAAGGGCGGGAACGGAAGUCACGGAAGUCGCAGCCGUCAAGUGGCAGUGCCAAGAUCUCGUGUGCGACCGCCGAAGAACCAGAAGGAAGAAAACACGAAGGAGGUGCUCAAAGAUGCUCGUAGCAGAAGCCUUGGGCCCGCUGCUCUCUUUCUGGUCAUUUUGCUGGUCGUGGCAGCGAUGGUUCUCAUGGCCCCACGGCAAAAGGAAACGCCAAGAGGAAAAACAACAGGACGAGACGCACGAAGCUCAAUACCUGACCAUUGCACUGCAGAGAUUCCAUCCAAUGUGCAGCUGAUUCCAGAGGGGCGAACGCCCCCAGCGCCGCCAACCGGUGGAGUUCUGCCAAGGAUCUCCUUGUAUUCGCCCUGUUUGUGGAACAACUACGGCAAGGCAGCCAAGAACUGGGCUCCGAGUGCGCUGUGGUCUUGGAGGAAGACGCGGCCGGGGGAGAUGGAAGUUCUUGAACUUCAACACCCCCAUGAACGACCUUUGCACAUUCUCAACGUCACGGGAUCCACUCAGAAGCAACGGGGCCAGAUUUACAAGGCUGUGACGCGGAAUAUUUUUCCAAAAUUUGGAGAGUUGAAUGAAGAGACCUAUGGAUGGUACCAGGCACAGUAUAGUACCGGUCUGGUAGUAAUGCUGCCAGACCCUGCUGCUCGACUGCCUUGUGGACGAAAAACCCCCGGGGAUGGGAAGGUCAGCCAGGUUUCCCAGUGUCGAUGGUGUCCAAAAGCUGCUGCUAUCCCAAGUUAA